AAAAAGAUCAGCAGCAUUACAUUCGGUACAUUAGAACUAUGAUCAGAGAAUCUGAUCUGAGAUCAGAGUUUGUUCGGUUCAGUCUGAUGCUGUAAACAAACGCGGAGACGAUAUUUAUGAAAUAUCAUCUAAAGGAUGGAAAUAAGGCUUCCGAUUUUCACACACAAUUAUGUUUUAUUGUGUGUCUCCGCGGUGUUUGUGUACGCUGGUGUGUCUGGCGUGUCUGCGAUAGACGUGUACACUCCAGCCGAGCUGUUUGCUGAGAACGGGACCACAGCCACUCUGUCCUGCAGUUUCAAGUCUAGAGAGGUGAUCAGUAGUUUAGCGUCAGUGGUGUGGUCUUUCCUUCCGGAGGGAGAAACAGGAGCAUUCACUUCAAUCUUCUAUUACUCCGGUGGGAAGCAGUUUCCGGGCUCGGUGCCGCAGUUUAAGUCUCGUGUGGAAUGGGCCGGAGACAUGAACAAGAAGGACGUGUCGAUCCGUGUGCUCCAGAUGCAGUUCAAGGACAACGGGACGUUCAGCUGCGACGUGAAGAAUCCUCCAGACAUCUCCAGACAGAUGUCCUUCACUAAAGUCAGGGUGGUCAUGAAAGAGGCUCUUCCUCAGACCAGCGCGGCGGUGAUCGUGUGCGGCGUGAUCGGAGCCGUGAUCGGCAUCAUCAUCAUCGCUGUGGUCACCUACCUGAUCAUCAGACGACAGGAGCCCAGUCACGACUACAGAGGGGGCCGGUGAUUUACGCCCAGCUCGAUCACUCCGGCAGCAAGAUCUCCUUCCACAAGAUGGAGCCGGUGGUGUACGCAGACAUCCGCAAGAACUAGAGCGCCGUGGCACGUGACGGUCAGACGGAUGAUGAUUAUUUUCUGUACUGCACAUUCCAUGAGGCCUGUGGUGCUGGUUUGAUUCUGUUCUGCGGUUGCAAAUCCUGCGCUGUGUCUGGUUCAGACUGCAGCACUAUCGCGUCACAUGAUCAUGUUAACUGGAACACUGCGGAUGAGAGUGCCUUCAUCGACUAACGCCUGUUACACACUUCUGUGUUUUCUUCUUUUAUUGGCCUUUUGUAUAUGAAAACAGCCGUUUCUGUCUAAUUUUAUACAUGCAUAUAUACAUAAAUAUAUUAAACUGAA